GUGGUCGCUAGAUACUAUUUUCAUUUUAAAUUUUAUUGCAUAUUUGUCUUUAUGCAUAGCAAAUAUAGUAUAUUUUCUAUGUCUUUAUGAGACAUGAGAGGCUAAGAAAUAAAUAAAUAUUAAAUAUCUGUGUAUUUUGAAUAUUACAAACUUCAUAAUUUUUCAAAAUGAUGCAACAGUACAUGAAGGAGUUAGAGCAAGAACCUUUUGAUGCUGAAGAAUUUGUAGAACGACUAGCUUGGAGAACUAUUGCAGAAACAAAAAAUGGUGGAGAUGAAGGCGAUUUUAAUCCCACAUUGUUACACGAAUCAUUUGUACAAGCCAUUAAAGAUUUGACACUGUUACAAGAACGCCAGCAAAAGAAAUGUGAAAAAUUGGAAGCAGCAGUGCGAGAAGACGAAGCCAUGUUUUUUCAGGAAAUAUAUAAUUUAUUAGAGCAAAAUAAGCAAGCUAUUGACACUUUUCAAGAACUAGAUGGAAAAAUAAACCAUGUUGCAACAAAAGUACUGCACUUAGGAGACCAAUUAGAUAACGUCAAUGGUCCACGAGCAAGAGUUGUAGACGCACAGCGCUUAAUGAUACAUUUAAGCGAAUUCUUGUCAACUGGUCCACUUUCUUCGUCCAUUUUCACUGACCCAUAUAGAAUUGAUGAAGCUGCAGAAAUUAUUCAAAAAUUAUAUCUGAUAGCACAAGAUCUUCCGUCUCCUAAAUUUGAAAGUGUGAAACGUAAAAUUGAAAGGAAGUAUUGCGAUAUAGAAAAACAGUUAAUCGAGGAAUUUGCUAGUGCUAUAAAAAAUGAAGACCUAAAAAGGAUGAAGCAAAUAGCUUCAGUUCUGUCGCAAUUUAAAGGAUAUUCGCAGUGUGUCGACGCUUAUAUAGACCAAAGUCAAGCAGGAUGUCUUUUAAGUAAGGACGUUUUUGGUCAUUUGCUACCUUUAUGCAAAUAUAACUACGAAGUUAUAAAAAAGGUGUUCAGCAAUCCGGAACAAGUCAUGGCUAAAUUCGUAUUAAACAUUUAUCAGUUGAAAAUUGCAGAAUAUAUCGACCAACAGCUGAGUACGAAAUUGGGGAGUUACGGUUAUUUGCAAACUUUGUUCGAGCUCUAUUCGAAGACCAAUCAGUUAUCGAACGAUCUUAGUAUUUUCAACAUGGGAAAUGAUAAAAAUUACCUCAAUAAAUUGACAACAAAUAUAUUUCACAAAUAUAUCAAUGAUUAUAUAACAAUGGAACUAAAAUGCCUUAAAGAAAGGUGUUCGAUAAAUUUACAGAGAUACUACGAAUCGAAAAAUCACCAAAAGAAACAGAUCCAGUCAGGAGGCUUUCAAGACCUCCGAAGAGAUCUACAAGCCGUCAUUGGCACGAGAGCCAACAUUAACAUAGCGCAAAUAGAAAAUUACGGAGGAGAAACAUUCCUGUCGGAAGAAGUAGUCAUUAUGAUUUUGCAAGAUACCAAACACGCCUUCCAGAGAUGUCAACUGUUGUCGAAACCCGAAGAACGUGCCUCAAACGCCAGUCAGAUCCUAGACAAAUUAAUAAACAGCGUUUUGAUCGAACACGUCGAUUAUGCCGUCGAAUUAGGCUUGCAAGCCGUACCCGUAGUGGAGGGGGCGAAAAGCCCACCGUCGAUAUAUUUUUUCACUGUCGUGCAUCAAAGUAACAACAUUACCCAUUUGUUGGAGAAGCAGUUUACCAAUCUGGUAGUUCCGCUAAUUGUGAACACUCCCAAGUACAACGAUUGUGUACAAAAAAAGAAGUUUGUAUUAGAAGACAUUGAGAGAAAAAUCAAUACGGGGCUGGACAGAUCUCUCAAUGCAAUAGGCACUUGGGUGAAAUUAUAUUUGCAAGCCGAACAGAAAAAAAGUGACUUUAAACCUGAGUCAGAUGAUUUUGAUACCGUGGCAUCACAUGCUUGUAAAACCGUUUCGGUUUAUAUUAGCGGCAUCAUAAAGGAGAUCAAGACCAAUCUCGAUGGAAAUAACGUAACUGCGGUGCUGCAAGAACUAGGCAUUCGAUUGCACAGAGCGGUUUACGAUCACAUGUUGCAGUUUCAAUACAAUACCGCAGGUGCGAUGGUAGCCAUAUGCGAUUUAAACGAAUACAGACUGUGUACCAAACCAUUGGGGCCUCUCGUCGCAGAAUUAUUCGAAACGUUACACGCUCUUUGUAAUCUGUUGCUUGUGAAGCCUGAAAAUCUUCAGCAGGUUUGUUCGGAAGACUCGCUGGUCAAUUUGGAGAGAUCGAUUCUUCACAAUUUCAUUCAGCUAAGAAGUGAUUUCAAGGCCCAGAAGCAAACUAUAUUAAGAGUAUGAAUGUUAUUAUUUUUUGUUUUUAAAAUUAAUAUAUGAUGUUUUAAUAGCUAUAUAUAAUUAGUUGUAUUUACUGUAUUAUUUGAUUUUUUUAAUUAGUCAACAUAUUAAAUGAAU